UAUCCACGAAGAGGGAUCUUUGGAAUAAUGCCAGAAUCACCCAGCAUCCUUUGCUGCCUUUUUAUGGUUGGUUGUGCAAUAAUGUUCAUUCCCAGUUAUGCAGUGAAAUUUUUGAAUAUAUCUGGCCCAGUGAUCGGCAAGAAUGAUACCAGAAUUUCAGGCCACCUGGUCUGUAAGGUGUCUGGAGAUUAUAUUGCAGCAUCUGGUGAAAAUCUGCUAAAACGGUUAAGCCAGUGCCAGCACCUUCCUCCAGUUCAAACUAAAGCAAUUCAAGCCAUCUUCAGCAGUGGCAAUACUUCAUUUGGGCGUCCUUCUGCCUCUUCUGUUCCGGAUGAAUUCAGUCAGUCGAUCCUAAUCGUGAAUUUCAACAUUCUGCAAGCUAUUCCUAAGAGUGUUUUGGUGCCUUGGUUACAAACCUCCUUUCUCCAUUCUGAUCUGCCACAAGAUCAGCUGGUCCAAACUGAGGAAAGACUUAAAUCCCCCAGGCAAAAGCGCGAAGCUGCAAAGUGCCCAGAGGAAAAAGUCAUCACCAAGGAGGUGCUAAACGAUGUACUAAAUCUUCUAAGUUAUUCCGCUGAGGACUUAAAAUUGUGCCUGACUGAGGAAUUCCUACGGAACCAUCUUGAUGAGCUCUUACAAAUCCCUUUCACGAGCGAGCAGCUGAUGGCAAUCAUGGGAAAUUUAGAUAAGAUAUUUCCCACAGGAUAUCCUCCUUCUGCAAUUGGAAUCCUUGGUGACCUAAUAGAUGAAAGCAACAUCAAGAAAUGGACUAUCGAUUCACCAAGCACACUUCGUGCUUUGUUGGAUUCUGUGUCUGAUGAUGAACUGAGGACCUUAGCUAUUCGUCGUUACAUUGAUUUGGGAAACCAAAUUGAUAGCCCUUUUCUGAACAUCCUUGGGUCAUACAUCUGUCUCCUGAACGAGGACCAGCUCAGCAUGAUAUCUGAAGAGAGCAUUGAGAUGGCCACCACCCUUGACCCAUCCAGUUGCUCACAAGCCAUCAAGGAUAAUCUGUAUCCCAAAGCCAAGCGGGCUUUCUCAGAUCGUCACUAUUACUACCGUGAAUAUUAUAAACGGAUCAAGCUAUUUCUGGGAGGUGCUCCAGGUGUAGAUCUCAGGGCACUUAGCAAAAAUGAUAUCAACAUGGACAUUAACACUUUUUUGGGCCUAAAAAGCAGCUCUCUAAAGGAAUUGACCCCUGAAAAUGUUAAAGGCCUGCUGGGCACGAAUCUAAACAGCCUGACGGAUUAUCAGAACGUAUCGCCCACAAAAGAGUGGAUCCAGAGUCAGAAGCAGUCUGAUCUGGACAGCCUGGGCCUGGGACUUCGAGGUGGCCUUCCUGAAGGCUACAUUAUUCUUACAAAGCCAUAAGAAGCAACACUGAGCUCUGAAACUCCAGCUUCUGCUAACUGGCUUCUUACUUCAACCAGGCACCACCUAUUCAAGCUUAUCUCUGCAGGUGAAGAGUUCAGGAAACAAAAAUUAAUAAAUCUAGUGUUUUGAGUAUGUAA